AUGUCGUCUCCCACAACGUGCUGUAAUCUUGAAUGGCAUCUAAUAACGUGGCGACGCCAGUACUGUUGAACAUGAUAGCGAUGGGAUUGGUAUUGAUGUUAUAGAGUAGAAGAUUUAGGUCACUGAAGGAAGCCACUGUGAGGGGUAAUAUAGUCACGCCCACCGUACCUGCCAACAAACCGCGAGAUUAGCGCUUAAGGUCAAGACAGUCGGAGUGAUCAGACAGUCGAUUACCGGUGGAGAGGACAGGUAAUCGAGCCGGUUGACUACAUGGCAUUCAUUGGUAAGAACCAGGGUAACGAGCGCAUCUACAUUGUCACGGGCGCUUCCGGUAAUGGUGUCACACACGGAGUGUUGGCGGGUAAGCUCAUCGCACAUCUGGUCGAGGGAAAGCCGAAUGACUGGGAUGAGCUGUACUCACCGAAACGCUUGGGAAGCAUGAUCAAAUCGCUGCCCGAGAUGGUGACGCACGAUGUCAAGGCCAACAUGCAAUACAAGAGGUUUUUGAUGAGCGAUAUACAAGACCCAGAGUCGAGUCUCCUGCGGGCUUUGACGCCUGUGGCUUGCUUUGGCCUACGCUUAUGGGAGCCUUGAGAACUCGAUCAGCAAUCGAACGUAUGACUCUGUGAUCUGUGUCUUGAAGGUAACAUGUAUGCCGAGAAGAAGUCGUUCCGUUCCAUAUCGCAGCAGAUGAGCUCUUAGAAAAGCUGUGAACAGCCAAGUUGAAUAAGGGGUCAAUGUUGAUGCAUAGCAGCUAUCCCCUCCUGUACGAGGCUCCGCGUGGGGAAGUUAGAGCGCUAUAGUAAGUCCUAUCCGACCCUACUUUGUAGGCGACAGUGACAAUGUCCCAGCAACACAGGUCUAUCAGAGUUGGGGUACGGAGAUCAUCCCGUGUACUAGACGGGUAUGUCGCCUUGGGGAAGAGUGAGGGGUAGGCGGAGUCAAUAGGGGUGCACCAAACUGGAGGAGGAACGAGUAUGAAUCUGGAAGACGAGAGAGC